AUGUCUCGACCAGGCCAGAACGAUACGAUUCCGUUCGCAAACCGCACUUCAAGGGGAGAUGGCCCAGGCGACACGAAUUAUGUUGGAAAUAUCACCUUGAUCUUGUUUCCUGAGUUAUGUACAAUCGAAACUUGCGAUUUAACACUUGCGAAUUUCAUGUACUUACCGACCAUUCCUGGAAACGCCAUAUUUGCAGGUCUCUUCGGUCUCUUCAUUAUCGUACAGUUAUUCUUAGGGAUCAAGCACAAGACAUGGGGCUUCAUGACAGCUUUGUGUAUGGGCUUAGUGCUUGAGUGCGUUGGAUAUAUUGCUCGAGUCCUAAUGCACGAUGACCCUUUCAACGGCGACUGGUUUCUUAUGUCUCUUGUUGUGCUGACGAUCGCGCCAGCUUUUAUCACUGCUGGCGUCUAUCUAUGUCUCGCCAGAAUCAUCUCCGUUUAUGGCGAACAUCUUAGCCGUUUCAAGCCUCGCACUUACACAAUCGUCUUUGUCACUUGUGAUUUCAUUUGCCUAGUAUUGCAAGGUCUUGGUGGUGGUAUUGCCGCUUCCGCCGAUACAAAGAAGAGCAGCGAUCUGGGUAAAAAUAUCAUGAUGGCUGGCCUCAUCUUCCAAGUCGUCUCUUUGGCAUUGUUUGGGAUCUGCUGCGGCGAAUUCGCACUCCGUGUCUUAAGGGGCAGAGGAAGCCGUAACGAGCGCUAUACUGCCAUCACCUCGUCUCUCCUCUUCAAAGGCUUCCUCGUUGCACUCUUCGUAGCCUGCAUCACAAUCCUCAUCCGAUCUCUCUAUCGCUGCGUCGAGCUCUCAGGCGGCUUCAAUAGCGACCUCUUCACCGGCGACGAAGCCCUCUUCAUGGUCCUCGAAGGUGUCAUGAUCGUUCUUGCUACAGGCGGUCUCUCUGUCUUCCAUCCCGCGGUCGCUUUCCAGGGUGUAUGGCACGAACUCAACUUCAAUUUCAGGACGAAGAAGAGUCACAAGGCUGUUAGCAUGACUGAUGAGGAGAGUCCUAUGACGAACGUGGAGUUGAGUAAGAUGCCUUUGAAUAAUGGUUCCAGGGUUUGA